AUGUGGCUCGACAACAAACCAGUAUUAAUGAUGUCCACUUGUUACUGUGAUCAAAACCACGACGAAUGCGAACGUUGGUCUAAAAAAGAUAAGCGAUAUGAAAGAGUUAGAAGGCCCGAAGUUAUUAAAACUUACAACCAAAACAUAGGUGGAGUCGACCUUACAGAUCGCAUGCUUUCAGUCUGCCCAUCGCGUAACCGAACAAAAAAGUGGACAAUUCGUGUUAUAUCACAUCUCUUUGAUUUGGCGGUGGUAAAUGCUUGGCUGCAAUAUAGAGCUGUUCAAAUAGAGAAAGGUGCCAUAAAGAGAAACAUAAUACAAAUGCGUCAGUACAAACUCGAUUUGGGUACAAAACUUAUUGGAGACAAUGAAGAACAAAGUGAUGGUGAAAGUGGAGGUGAAGAGUAUGAAGAGCUCGAACCCAAACACAAGAAACGUAAGAUCCUUAUCAAACCAAUACCUUCCAGAGAACGCCGUAUGAAGUCUGCUGCACACUUACCCGAAUAUAACACUAAACAAUCGCGCUGUAGGAAUAGAGGAUGCUCCAAAAAGACCACAGUUUACUGCAUAAAAUGUGAUAUUUAUCUCUGUUUUACACCAAAUAGGAAUUGUUUUUCCGACUUCCACAAGGAUGCUGAGUAG